UCAAGGAGUCGGCUACCGUGUUCUGUGAUUGUUCAUGUUAAAGUGGCCGACCAAAGCGGCCGUCUACUGUUCACUUAACCUAGGUAUGUCGAUUUCACUGCUUUCCAUCGUCCACAAUCGGACUUCAGAAGGAUUAUCAAAAGCCAAGUAUACUUGCAUUCCGCCAUUAGUAAAGUUACUAAUAAACACAAGACGAUGCAUCCCAGCACAUCACAUCCAAUCACUCCGCCUUCGGGACCUUCGCCACCGCAGCGUGCGCGCUCGCCGGCAAAAUCUUCUUGGUCACCGCCUCCUGGAUGACGUCCUCGAUCCACGUCUGGCAGUUCUUGUCAAUGUCGGCGACCUCGUAUUUCGGCGUGCGCGUGCUCGCCGCGAGCGAGUUCAGCUGGGCGACGUGCGACGCAUCGAUGUCCGCGAUGUGCCACGUCUUGAUGUGCCCCUUCGACUUGGCCGCGUCGAAAGGCUUCGGGCCGCGGUGCUCCAUUCCGAUGUGCUUCUUGUCGGACCAGAUCACGUCGUGCCAAACGGUGCCCGCCGCGCCCUCAGCACCGAUAAGAAGCUUCCAGUGGUACAGGCCGUCAUCACCAGGCUCCUGUUGGAUUAUCGAGACCGGGUGCGUGUCUGGUUGUCGACGAUAGCUCGGUGAAUCUACAUUCUGGUGGAUAACGUAGGAGAUCACUUACUGCCAUUGCG